AUGCGCUCGUCUCUCCUCUCUGCCGCAGCCGGAGCUGCCCUGCUUGUCCCGGCAGCGACUGCCCAGUUCGUUGGCUCGCCUGGAGGAAACACUUCCACCGUGAAGACGAGCCCCGACGAGGACGGCAAGUACUGGAUCUUCAGCGACCACAUCAAGGCCGCCUUCAUCCCGUACGGCGCCUCCAUCUCAAACUUGCUCAUCAAUGACAAGUACGGUGUCCCCCGCGACAUUGUCGGCGGCUUCGACAAUGCAAGCUACUACAGCAUUGAUACCCAGCACCCUCACUUUGGCGGUGUUCCUGGCCGUUACGCGAACCGCAUCAAGAACUCCACCUUUGAGAUUGACGGCGAGAAGUUCAAGAUUGACGCCAACGACAACAAUGGCCUCGACACUCUGCACGGUGGCUCUGACGGCUGGGAUUGGCGCAACUUCACUGUUGUGUCCCACACCAACAGCAGCAUCACCUUCUCCUUCACCGAUCCUGACGGAAAGGAGGGCUUCCCCGGCGAGGUCGUCUCGCUCAUCACCUACACUGUGAAUGACUGGAACUGGGACUUCAAGAUGAUUGCCGUUCCGACCACCAAGAAGACUCCCAUCAUGCUCAGCAGCCACACCUACUGGAACCUCGACGGCUUUGCCAACAAUGAGACCAGCACGGCCCUCAACCACACUCUCCACAUGCCUUACAACGGCCAGAGAGUGGCUGUUGACAACAUCCUCAUCCCUACCGGAGAGAUCCUCGCCAACGAGAAGGGCUCCGUCAAUGACUUCUGGAGCGCGCCGAAGCAGAUUGGCGCUGACCUUGGCAAGAAGGAGCUUGAGAACAACUGCGGUUUCAACUGCACUGGUUAUGACAACUGCUGGAUCGUCAACCGCAACGACCUCGGCUCUUACAACUGGCGCAACGAGGGCUACGUCGCCCGCCUCCAGUCCGCCUGGUCCGGCAUUCAGCUCGACGUCUACACCGACCAGGACGCCUUCCAGAUGUACAGCUGCAACCAGCAGGACGGCUCCAUGGCCCUGAAGAAGACCCAGGGUCUCUUCGACAACAAGGACUUCCCACGCAUCAUUCCCAAGUACGGAUGUCUUGUCCUCGAGGUCCAGGACUGGAUCGACGGCAUCAACAACCCUUCCUGGGGCCGCGGCAAGAAGCAAAUCUUUGAGCCCGGUGGUGACCCGUACGUCCUUCAGGCUAGCUACCGCUUCAGCAUCAACUCGACCGUCUCUGCAUAG